AUGUCUACAAGAACAGGCCUCAACAAAAACAAUUCUGCCGUGAAGCGUAUCAUGCAGGAGGCUAGAGAACUUGCGAACGACCCAUGCACAGACUAUGCUGCAGCACCCUUAGAGGAUGACAUCUUUGAAUGGCAUUGUACCUUGCGAGGCCCAUCUGGGACCGAGUUUGAGGGUGGGCUCUAUCACUUCCGUAUACUCCUCCCUGCGGAGUAUCCUUUUCGACCACCGUCCAUCAUGAUGCUAACGCCUAAUGGGCGAUUUGAACUGAACACCAAGAUAUGCAUCAGUUUCACGAAUUAUCAUGAAGAACUCUGGCAGCCUGCUUGGGGUGUACGAACCGCUAUCAUUGGCCUGCAGGGUUUUUUCCCACUGAGGGGAACAGCGGCAGUCGGCGUCGGCGCACUUGAGUAUCCCACCCCAGAGCGGAAACGCCUCGCGGUCUUAUCGCGCGAUUGGGUUUGCCCGACGUGUCAGCGCACGAACCUAGGAUGUCUCCCUGAUCCACCGACCGCAGCCACCAGUCUCUCUAACCCCGAUACUCCCGUCGCAGCUGAUAUCUCCGUUUCCCAACCCAUUGCCUCUGUUCCAGCGCCUGUAAUCAGCGCCGACUCCAUUUCAUCGCCCCCAGCUAGCUCCCAGUUAUCGGCGGCCGACAUACCGUCAUCGUCCCCAGGCGCUCCUACCACACGCUCUAUUCCCGCUCACUCCAUUCCUCUAAUCGCUCCCAUACCCACACGGCCAAGUCCCCCAGCCCCCAUUCUGAUUGAUCGUAUACCUACACCACCCGUCGAGGAGGUGAGACCGUCGUCGGCUAAACCGGAGACUAGUCAUCCGGCGCCACAACCUCCAGCUGACUUGCCUGCUCUCGCUGCUGCGAUCACCCAGAGCUCCCGUCGGCCGCCAGUCGUUCUGGACACGGCUAUCUGUGUGUUGCUCGUGCUCGCGAUCGCAUUGCUAGCGAAGCGAGUAUUUUGA